UGCGCACACUCCGUGCGCCCAGAGGUCACCGGCGCCGGUGUUUUCCCACGUGCGUUGUGAACCUGAGGGCAUCAUGUUAUGAAGAGAUGGGGGCUCGGGUGACCCGCGCGAUCAGGAAUUUCAACAUAGAGAACCGAGCAGAACGGGAAAUCAGCAAGCCGAAACCCUCUGCGGCUCCCAGGCACCCUUCCACCAAGGGCCUGCGAGAGCAGAUGAGCUGCAACCCAGAAGUUAAGGGAGAAAUUGCUAGAAAAGAUGACAGGCUGCUCUCAUUACUAAAAGAAGUGUAUGUUGAGUCCACAGAUCCUGUAUCUUCCCUGCGGGUGAAAACUACUGAAACACAGCAAGAAUCAAAGGAAUUCAGAUUGCCAAAAGGCCACCAUUUUGAUAUGUUGAAUAUUAAAAACAUUCCCAAAGGCAAAAUAUCCAUUGUAGAAGCAUUAACACUUCUCAAUAAUCAUAAACUUCAUCCAGAAACAUGGACUGCUGAGAAAAUAGCUCAAGAAUACCAUUUAGAACUGAAAGAUGUAAAUUCCCUGCUCAAGUAUUUUGUUACUUUUGAAGUCAAAAUUUUCCCUCCUGAAGACAAGAAAGCAAUACAAUCAAAAUGAAGAAAGUGAUGAAACUGAUUUUCCCAUAUGUACUUCCCAUUCCCAUAKCCUUUUUAUUUCCUCAUUUUUAGUAUAUAAAAUUAUAUAAACUACUGAGUGUUUAAUGUUCCCUGCUUUGAGAGCAUACUAUUUAUUGAUCUGACUUUUCAAGAUUGGUUAUGGAUUUGUUUUGUUUUCUUUUAAAUUAAUUUGGUUUAGGCAUAGUUCCUAUGUGUAUGUCAGCAUGGCUAAUCAGAACAGUUAUAAAUUUACUGUAAUUGAAGGAGAUAUUAUGUUAUKUUAGACAUAUGAUAUCAGCUUUUAAAUUGGUCUUUUGACCUGAGUCCCACAUUUAAAAUUCAUAAGUCUUACCUUCCAGUUUAAGUGGUUAGUUCAUUCUGUCAGGGAUAUUGAAAGUAAGUUUUUUGACUCCUAGGACCAUGACAUUUUUUUGUUAGGGAAAGAGAAUAGAAUAAUAAUAUUUCCCAAAUAAAGACAGGCAGGAGGCUGGCUAUGAAAUCAGUGAAAAAUAUAUUUAUAUCAUUACUUUUGAUGAAUAAGAAUUGGCAAGGAUUUUUUUGUUUUGUUUUGAAUUGGUUCUAAGUAUGGAAUAAUGUCUUUUAAAUUAUAAGAAAUAACUAG